AUGUGGUUCGCUUUGCUGUCGCUACUGGUCAUUGCCAUUUUUUUCGUUGUUGAUACUUUCAUCAGGACGCUUCGUCAUCCACGGUUCGACGGCCGGUCAGUUUUGGUUACCGGUUGUGAUUCGGGGUUCGGCGAGGAAUUGGCCAUUGCGCUAAGCGUCAAAAAUAUUCCGACCUUCGCCUCGUGCCUCACCGAGCAAGGCAUGAAAAAUCUGCGGUCGAAGAUUGGCGUUCGAAGUGCUGUCAGUGUCUUUCAGAUGGACAUCUGCGAUCAGCGUAGCGUCGACAACGGUUACAACUUUGUGAAGAAAACUCUUACGGAUAAAGAACUAUGGGCUGUAGUGAACAACGCAGGCGUGUCUGGUGCGGAGUUCUACGAUGACUGGAUGACUGUUGAAGACUAUAAGAACGUGAUGGAAGUCAACUUUUUUGGAACCGUUCGAAUAACGCAGUCGUUCAAACCGUUAAUUAAGAAAAGCAGAGGUAGAUUCGUCUUCAUGACAAGUGUUCUCGGUCGAGUGGCUGUUCCAAUGACUGGGCCUUAUUGUGCAUCAAAAUUCGCGCUCGAAGCGUACUGCGACAUCAUCAGGAGAGAAUUGAGUCCAUGGGGCGUGGGGAUAUACAUAUUAGAACCUGGCUUUUUCUGUACCGCUUUGACGGAUCCCAGAAGAAAACAACAUCAGUGGAAACAACGCGUCAAAGCUUUAGACGAAUCCAUUUUGGAUGAAUACGACGAAAACUUUAUAACACAAGGUUAUAAAGGUCAAGAAUUUCUACUGGAGAGUUUCUGCUGCAAAAAUACAUCGCUGGUGGUAGAAGCGUACAUGAAUGCGAUCACUGCUCGUUUCCCGAAAUAUCGCUGUUUUAUAGGACUUAACUCGAAAAUUAUCAUGCUUCCUUUCGCGUACUUCCCGUCGUUUAUAUCUGACCUGGCGACUUUCGUCAUCUACGGUUUUUCAUUUGGGAGAGUCAAACGGAAGAUCGACAAACAGAUAGAACUAAAUAAGCGCGAUUAA